ACUUGGGGGAGGGGUCAUUGCGCAGGCGCAACCCUCUCAAAUAUGGCAACCGCCAGACCCGCUGGGAUCCCUCCCGCCUCCCAGAGGCCACGCCCCCUCCCGCCUCCCCUUCAGUGACAGUCUCAAGCCCCGGUUUCCCCCAGCGAGGGAGGCGGCAACCUACCCGACGCCAUCCCGGUCAGCGACCCCGGAGGGGAAAGAGGUGCGGCCGGACAGCAUGGCUUCAAGGAUCGCACCUCUGCUGGGCCUGUUCCUCCUCGCCAUCUCCACCACCAGCGUCUCGCAUGCUCAAAGCUCAAAGGCCUUCCAGAGGAAGCACGUCACGUUCCUGGAUCACAUAGACCACAACCAAUGCAACAGUGAGAUGCGGAACAAGCGGAUCUCCCAGACCGACACCGGGUGCAAGCGGCUCAACACUUUCAUCCAUGCUCCCGAGCAAGUCGUCGACCAAGCAUGCACGUCGGGGGAGCCAUACGUGAUCCGAAACCAGGAAUACAAAAAGAGCCCCCAAAAGUUCCGCAUCACAAACUGCAGGCUCUCUCAGGAACACGGGAACGACUGUGAAUACGUGGCGGAAGCUAGCAGCUUGAGAUACAUUGUUGUGGCUUGCGACCAAAAUGGCCGGCCGGUCCAUCUGGAGAGGACGCUCACCGAUGCAGCUGCCGGAAAGCCAGGCGACAAGCAGCCGAGUUUGAACCCAACCAAGAAACCAUCUAAUUCUGCAAGUGUAAUAAGUGCCCAUUGGAUUCGAGGGCAGGGAUGUUUGUGCAUGGGGCGUUUGGGGGGAGUGCUGCUGUUUCUUUCCUUUGUCCUCUUCUGGUGCCUUUAAGAAGCAAAUUAUUGGAAGACAAGCUUGUCUCUGCUGCAUUUCCUCUGGUCAGGCUCCUGUGGAAGACUCAAGAGUGCAGGGCUGGUAGGAAAUGGUGAAAGCCAGGGAGCCCUACAAUUUCUGUUGCCAUGCUUACACAGUGAGUGUCUUCUUCUGAGAAGAUCCAAGGAGCUCUGCAGGGUAAUACCAAUGUAAAUCUAGACCAGCAUCCUCCAACCAACCAAUGGCCAGCCAGAUGUUCACAUAAGAACCACCUGCUGGUCAGGCCAAUGGCUCACCUGGUUUAGCAUCUUGUUAUCAUGGUGGCCAAGCAGAUGCCCUCGAGUAUUUAGCUCUUGCUGCAAGAACUAUUGAAGAAAAUAGUUAUUGAUCUUUUCAAAUUACAUUUAUUGCAUAACUCAAUAAAAUAAGUUCUAAACUGGCACAUUUUUUGUGAUUCUAUGCACUUCAUUUAUGGUAUCAGGCCAGCCUUUCUGAAGACUGAGGGUUGCCCCCAACAUUAUUCAAAGAGGGAAGUAGAGUGGGUUCCACCUCUGGAAAAUUGGGGCCGUCUCGUCACAUCCAAUACACCUAAGGAGAAAACUGAACUUUUGAACUUGCCUGUAUGUAACUUAAAAGGUUGCACGAAUGUACCAGGGACAACUUAGCCCAGGAUCUGCAAUGAAAUGUAUGUCGUUGCCUUUGCUCACCCAGCAAUGGGUGGUGAUUGUUGAGCCUCUUCCUUUGGGUCUUUGUCCUUGCAAGGUCACCUACAUGGAGACGAUUUAAAUCACCUCUGUGAGUUAAGAAGGCUGGCAUUGUUAACAAAGUAAAUGGAUGUAAGCCAAGCAGAAGGCAAAAUUUAAUACAUGCCGAAAAUACAAUAAAUAGUGUUGCAAGAGCCAUCU